AAGGCGGGCCCGAGCUGGGUUAGGGUGUCCUUGCAGGGUGUCUGAGCUAAACUUCACCAAAUAAUAGCUGUUUGUAUUUUGGCUGCUGCAGGAGCCAUUUUAGGGAUUGCUGAGCAACUCUAUACAGGCUCCUCUCCUCUGGGGGGAAAAUGACCUAGAGCUUACCCUCAAAGAAUUUAUAGGGGAGAGAUACAAGUAUCUUCCUUCAAUAGAUGAUAAUGAAAAUACAAAAGAAAGAGAAGCAGAAUUGAAGGACAGUCUGGUCACUGGGGAUAUCUGAACCCCUGGCCUUCAUGGAGACUCUGUGCAAAGAGUUGUCAAAUUUAAAAGUUCUGAAUCACUCCCCAAUGUCUGAUGCCUCUGUCAAUUUUGACUACAAAUCCCCCUCCCCGUUUGACCGCAGCACUGAUCAGGAAGAGAAAAUCGAAGAUGUUGCCAGUCACUGUCUGCCUCAGAAAGACCUGUAUGCUGCAGAAGAGGAAGCCGAGGCCCUUUUUCCUAGGAAAAUGACAUCCCAUAAUGGAAUGGAGGACAGUGGAGGGGGAGGCACUGGAGUAAAGAAAAAAAGGAAGAAAAAGGAUCCAGGAGAGCAAGAGGGUCCAGCAAAGGGAAGCAAGGACAGGGAGCCCAAGCCAAAGAGGAAGCGAGAACCUAGAGAGCCAAAGGAACCCCGCAAGGCCAAGGAGCCCAAAAGGGCCAAGGAGCCCAAGGAGCCUAAGCAGAAGGACGGAGCCAAGAAAGCGCGGAAGCCCCGGGAGGCCUCGGGCACCAAGGAGGCCAAAGAGAAGAGGAGCAGUGCUGACUCCAUAGGCAGGACGAAGUCCAAGAAGGCCAGCAAGGAGCAAGGACCAACCCCAGUGGAGAGAAAGAAGAAAGGAAAGAGGAAAAGUGAAACCACAGUGGAGAGUUUAGAGCUGGAUCAGGGCCUGCCGAACUCAUCCCUGCGGAGUCCCGAGGAGUCCACUGAGUCUGCAGACAGCCAGAAGCGACGUUCAGGACGGCAGGUGAAGCGCAGAAAAUACAACGAGGACCUGGACUUCAAGGUGGUGGAUGACGAUGGAGAGACGAUCGCCGUUCUCGGGGCUGGCCGCACCUCCGCCCUCUCGGCUUCCACGCUGGCUUGGCAGGCGGAGGAGCCUCCAGAAGAUGACGCAAACAUCAUCGAGAAGAUCCUGGCAUCUAAGACUGUCCAGGAGGUUCACCCAGGAGAGCCCCCGUUCGACUUGGAGCUGUUCUACGUUAAGUAUAGAAAUUUUUCCUACUUACAUUGUAAAUGGGCCACAAUGGAAGAGCUGGAAAAGGAUCCUCGCAUCGCACAGAAGAUCAAGCGCUUUAGGAAUAAACAAGCCCAGAUGAAGCACAUUUUUACUGAGCCCGAUGAAGACUUGUUCAACCCAGACUAUGUAGAAGUGGAUCGUGUCCUGGAGGUGGCCCACACCAAAGAUGCAGAGACAGGAGAGGAAGUGACCCAUUACCUGGUGAAGUGGUGCUCUCUGCCUUACGAAGAAAGCACGUGGGAGCUAGAAGAAGACGUCGAUCCUGCAAAGGUUAAAGAAUUCGAGUCUCUCCAAGUUCUCCCUGAAAUUAAGCAUGUGGAGAGGCCUGCUUCAGACUCCUGGCAGAAGCUGGAGAAGUCUCGAGAGUACAAGAACAGUAACCAGCUCCGGGAGUACCAGCUGGAGGGGAUGAACUGGCUUCUUUUUAACUGGUAUAACAGAAAAAACUGUAUUUUGGCUGAUGAGAUGGGCCUUGGAAAAACCAUCCAGUCCAUCACAUUUCUCUCGGAGAUUUUCCUCCGGGGGAUCCACGGCCCUUUCCUUAUCAUCGCCCCACUCUCCACCAUUACGAACUGGGAGCGGGAGUUCCGGACGUGGACAGAGAUGAAUGCCAUUGUGUACCACGGCAGCCAGAUCAGCAGGCAGAUGAUCCAGCAGUAUGAGAUGGUGUACAGAGACGCCCAGGGAAACCCCCUUUCAGGAGUCUUCAAGUUCCAUGUUGUCAUCACAACGUUUGAGAUGAUCCUGGCAGACUGCCCGGAGCUGAAAAAGAUUCACUGGAGCUGUGUGAUAAUUGAUGAAGCCCACAGAUUGAAGAACAGGAACUGCAAACUUCUGGAGGGUCUAAAGCUCAUGGCCCUGGAACACAAAGUGCUGCUCACUGGGACGCCCUUGCAGAACUCUGUGGAGGAGCUCUUCAGCUUGCUGAAUUUUCUGGAGCCAUCCCAGUUUCCUUCAGAGACUGCUUUCUUGGAGGAAUUUGGAGAUCUGAAAACAGAGGAACAGGUGAAGAAACUGCAGUCUAUCCUAAAACCCAUGAUGCUUCGGCGGCUGAAAGAUGACGUGGAAAAGAACCUUGCCCCCAAACAAGAGACGAUCAUUGAAGUAGAGCUGACCAAUAUCCAGAAAAAAUACUACCGCGCCAUCUUGGAGAAGAACUUUUCCUUCCUGACCAAGGGGGCAAAUCAGCACAACAUGCCCAAUCUCAUCAACACCAUGAUGGAGCUGAGAAAGUGCUGCAACCAUCCUUACCUGAUCAACGGGGCAGAGGAGAAAAUUCUGGAAGAUUUCCGAAAAACCCACAGCCCUGAUGCCCCUGACUUUCAGCUGCAGGCCAUGAUCCAAGCAGCAGGGAAGCUGGUGCUGAUUGAUAAGCUGCUCCCCAAGCUGAUCGCAGGUGGUCACAAAGUCCUCAUCUUCUCCCAGAUGGUGCGCUGUCUCGAUAUCCUGGAAGAUUAUCUCAUCCAGCGAAGAUACACCUAUGAGCGAAUUGAUGGGCGAGUACGGGGAAACCUGCGCCAGGCAGCCAUCGACCGGUUCUGUAAGCCAGACUCAGACCGCUUUGUCUUUCUUCUGUGCACCAGAGCGGGAGGCCUGGGCAUCAAUCUCACAGCCGCCGAUACCUGCAUCAUAUUUGAUUCAGACUGGAACCCACAAAAUGACUUGCAGGCUCAGGCCCGAUGUCACCGGAUAGGCCAGAGCAAGGCCGUGAAGGUGUAUCGUCUCAUUACUCGGAACUCCUACGAGCGGGAAAUGUUUGACAAGGCCAGCCUGAAGCUGGGCCUGGACAAGGCUGUUCUUCAGGACAUAAACCGAAAGGGCAGCACCAAUGGAGUACAACAGCUCUCAAAAAUGGAGGUAGAGGACUUGCUUCGGAAAGGCGCUUAUGGAGCUUUGAUGGACGAGGAAGAUGAAGGCUCCAAGUUCUGUGAAGAAGACAUAGACCAGAUUCUGCAGAGAAGAACCCACACCAUCACCAUCCAGUCCGAAGGGAAAGGGUCUACUUUCGCCAAGGCUAGCUUUGUGGCUUCAGGAAACAGGACAGAUAUUUCCUUAGAUGACCCAAACUUUUGGCAAAAAUGGGCCAAAAUAGCUGAAUUGGACACUGAAGCAAAGAAUGAAAAGGAGAGCUUAGUGAUCGACCGGCCUCGAGUGAGAAAGCAGACCAAACACUACAAUUCCUUUGAGGAGGAUGAGCUCAUGGAGUUCUCCGAGCUAGACAGUGACUCGGAUGAAAGGCCCACGAGGUCCAGACGCCUCAAUGACAAAACUAGGCGCUACCUCCGAGCUGAGUGCUUCCGGGUGGAGAAGAACCUGCUCAUCUUUGGCUGGGGCCGGUGGAAGGACAUCCUGACUCACGGGCGAUUCAAGUGGCAUCUGAAUGAGAAGGACAUGGAGAUGAUUUGCCGGGCCCUGCUGGUAUACUGUGUCAAGCAUUACAAGGGGGACGAGAAGAUCAAGAGUUUCAUUUGGGAACUGAUCACACCUACCAAAGAUGGGCAGGCCCAGACCCUCCAGAACCACUCAGGAUUGUCUGCUCCGGUGCCCAGAGGGAGGAAGGGGAAGAAGACAAAGAACCAGCUGCUGCUCCCAGAGUUAAAGAAUGCGGACUGGCUGGCCACCUGCAACCCCGAGGUGGUCCUCCAUGAUGACGGCUAUAAGAAACACCUCAAACAGCACUGCAACAAGGUACUUCUGCGAGUCCGGAUGCUCUACUACCUAAAAGCCGAAAUACUGGGAGAGGCAGCUGAGAAAGCGUUUGAAGGAACCCCUGCCAGGGAACUAGAAGUGCCUCUGCCUGACAUUGACUACGUGGAGAUCCCGGUGGAUUGGUGGGACGCUGAAGCCGAUAAGUCCCUUCUGAUAGGCGUGUUCAAACACGGGUAUGAGAGGUACAAUGCCAUGCGAGCAGACCCAGCCCUUUGCUUCCUGGAGAAAGUUGGGAUGCCAGAUGAGAAGUCCCUUUCUGCAGAGCAGGGUGUUACGGAUGGGACCUCAGACAUUCCUGAAAGAGGCAAUAUGGAUAAAGAAGACAACACUGAAGACAAGUCAGACAGCCCGCAGAAGCAACCGGGGAGUCGGGUAGGGGAUGGAUGCUGCCUUGUUGCUGCCAGGAGAGUUCCAGUGAUGGAGGCGAUGGCAUUUUUGGCGAAAAGAAGGAGGACAGCCGGGCAGGAUGGCUCCGACCCAGACAAAUCACCCUGGCCAGUUUCAUCUGCUCUCACGGCUCGCCUCCGACGUCUGGUCACCGUGUACCAGCGCUGUAACCGCAAAGAACUCUGUCGACCAGAAAUUCUGGGACCAGGUAACCAAGGAUACUGGGUCCAGGAAGAGAUGUUUAGGAGAACCUCAGAAAUGGAUCUCAUCAACAAGGAAGCUCAAAAGAGGUGGACUAGGAGAGAGCAAGCAGACUUCUACAGAGCGGUGUCCUCCUUCGGCGUCGUUUAUGAUCAAGAAAAGAAAACUUUUGACUGGACACAGUUCCGCAUCAUUUCCCGUUUGGACAAGAAGUCGGAUGAGAGCCUGGAGCACUACUUCUAUAGUUUUGUGGCUAUGUGCCGGAACGUGUGUCGUCUGCCCACGUGGAAGGAUGGCGGUCCCCCAGAUCCCAGCAUCUACGUGGAGCCCAUCACUGAGGAGCGGGCCGCGAGGACUCUGUACCGCAUCGAGCUGCUGCGGAAGGUCCGCGAGCAGGUGUUGAGGUGUCCGCAGCUGCACGAGCGCCUCCAGCUCUGCAGGCCCAGCCUCUACCUCCCGGUCUGGUGGGAGUGCGGGAAGCACGACCGAGACCUGCUCGUCGGCACCGCCAAACACGGCCUGAACCGCACUGACUAUUACAUCAUGACCGACCCCCAGCUGUCCUUCCUGGACGCCUACAGGAACUACGCCCAGCACAAGAGAACGGACACCCAGGCCCCAGAAAGUCUCUGUUGCCUUUACCAGACCAACUCUAAACUAUACGAAUCUCUCACGUACACUCAGAUGAGCAGGACUUCAGAGCCCCUUGAAAGUGAGCCUGAGAACCUCGUGAAAAUAGAAGGUAGAGAUGGUCACCCCACUCCACCUGGGGUCAGUUUAUCUGACAUGACUUGUGAAAACUUUAUUUCUAAAGUUCAGGAUGUCAUGUCCGUCACCCACGACGAAAGUCUGCUGCCCGAGUGCUUGGAGGGCAUGAUGUAUGGUAAGAAGGCCCUGAGUCGGGAGCCAGGCUCUUUCCAGGAGAGCCCCACUACCAGGACAGAACCCAGAAGGGAUGCGCUGGCCCUCUCAGCAGGCGAGGACGGGAACUGCCAGCCUGGUGGCCGAGAGGCAGAACUACCUGCGGGCCCCUCUUUUCUGAGCAGCUUAGAAGCAGGAGUAGCUCAGAUGAACAUCAAAAAUGGAAAACAUCUGUUGCUCUCUCUUUCCAGGAAAGGGGACUUGUGCAGUGAGACAGGGCAGAGACCUGAAAGCAUCGGGCAGCUGGAAGCCAAGUGCUUAGCUUCCCCUUCCUUGGAUCAAGGAAAUGAAAGUGGGUUUGUAGACAUGUGCAAUCUUAGUGUCUGUGACUCCAGAAGAAGCCUGUCAUCAGAUCAGCAAUUAAUUGAUUUAUUAGAAAACAAAAGUUUAGAAAGCAAAUUGGUUUUGAGUCAGAACCACAGCGAUGAGGAGGAGGAGGAGGAGGAGAAUGAAGAGGACAAUGUGGGCGCGGCGGCAGGCCUGAGGGAACGGCCCGAGGUUGUGCAUCUGGCCGAUCCCACAGCCGACAUCCUGAGGGAGAAGAGCCGAGGCUUCCAUGUGGAGGAGGCCAAGAGAGGAACCCUGGAGGCCGUCAGCCAGAAUCCUGGACCGCGGGGGGCGCUUCCUCAAGCAGCCUGUCAGUGUCACUGCAAGCACACGGGGAGGUGGACGCGUGGCCUCGAGAACGAGGAGUUUGAAGGGGAGAAACCCAAGGGUUAUAACGCAGACGCGUACAAAAGCAAAACCAGUAGCAUCCCAGUGGAGGCUGAGCCCCCCGCUCCUCCCGCAGAGCCCGCCCAGGGGAAGCACGAGCUGUUGAGCGAGCCUUGGAAAGACAGUGCAGAGGGGAAGAAAGCUUUUGCUGUGUAUCCAGAAGCCAGUGAGCUCAAGUCCGAAGAUGCGGAUUUUGAGAGCAAAGAUGAUUAUGACAGAGAGGGGAACGGCCACACUCAAGAUUACCCAGGGAAGUACUCUGAGGAGGAGAGCAAAAGCUCGACAUCAGGCAUCGCAGGAGACCUUGGGGAUGACCUGCAGGAGGCUCGGGCUCCCACCAUUGCUCAGCUGCUCCAGGAGAAGACCCUCUUUUCCUUCUCCGAGUGGCCGAAGGAUCGCGUGAUAAUCAACCGCCUGGAUAAUAUCUGCCAUGUGGUGUUAAAGGGGAAGUGGCCUUCCAGCCAGCCGUACGAGCCCUCGGGCACACUGCCUACACCGGCCUUAAGCAGCAGUGCUGGUUCUCGGAGCAGCGCCUCGGAGCCGGAGGCCUCGGAACACGGCUUCAGCAGCAGUGCGGCGCUGGUGGCCCAGAUCCAAAAGGAGAGCUUCCUGGCUCCAGUAUUCACAAAGGACGAACAGAAGCACAGACGUCCCUACGAGUUUGAGGUGGAAAGGGAUGUGAAGGCCCGGAGCCUGGAACACUUCUCUGCCACCCACGGGCACCCCCCCGUCGUCCUCAAUGGCUGGCACGGGGAGUCUGCAAUAGAUCUCUCCUGCACGUCAGAGGGGUCCCCAGGAGCCACGUCUCCUUUCCCGGUGAGCGCCAGCACCCCUAAGAUCGGGGCUAUCGGUUCACUUCAAGGAGCCCUCGGCAUGGACUUGUCUGGGAUUCUGCAAGCCGGCCUGAUCCAUCCAGUGACGGGACAGAUUGUCAACGGAAGCCUCAGAAGAGACGACGCUGCCACGAGGAGGCGGAGAGGGAGACGGAAACAUGUUGAAGGGGGGAUGGACCUCAUCUUUCUGAAGGAGCAGACGCUUCAGGCAGGAAUCUUGGAAGUCCACGAAGACCCAGGGCAGGCCCCGCCGAGCACCUCACACCCUGAAGGGCCGGUGCCUGCCGCUUCGGCCCCCGAGCCAGCCCCAGCAGCCGGCAGCCAGGCCGAGAAAGCCAUUCCCAGCAAGAGUCUGCUGGACUGGCUGAGGCAGCAGGCGGACUACUCCUUAGAGGUUCCCAGCUUUGGAGCAAAUUUUUCAGACAAACCAAAGCAGAGGAGGCCACGCUGUAAGGAACCUGGAAAAUUAGACAUCAACUCCCUGAGUGGGGAAGAGAGGGUUCCUGCUGUCCCCAAGGAGCCAGGACUACGGGGGUUUCUCCCAGAAAACAAGUUCAAUCACACCCUGGCUGAGCCUGUUCUUCGAGAUGCGGGCCCCCGCAGAAGGGGGAGGCGGCCUCGGAGCGAGCUCCUGAAGGCGCCGGCUAUCGUGGCGGACGCUCCGGCGGGGAUGGGGCCCCUGUUCAUGAACGGCCUCAUCGCUGGGAUGGACCUGGUAGGACUCCAGAACAUGAGAAACGUGCCGGGCAUCCCCCUCACGGGCCUGGUGGGCUUCCCGGCCGGCUUCGCCGCGAUGCCCACGGGUGAAGAGGUCAAGAGCUCCCUGAGCAUGCUGCCCCUGAUGCUGCCGGGGAUGGCCGCGGUGCCCCCAAUGCUCGGGGUCGGGGGCCUCCUCAACGCGCCCAUGGCCGCCGCCUGCCCCUCCGCCGCUCCCGCGCCUCCGCCAAGCACAACGAAGAGUGGGACCGCGGCGCCCGAGAAGACUGUCGAGGACAAGCCAAGUAGCCAUGAUGUAAAAACGGACACAUUGGCUGAAGACAAGCCUGGUCCUGGUCCGUUUUCUGAUCAGUCCGAACCCGCAAUAACUACCAGUAGUCCUGUGGCUUUUAACCCGUUUCUCAUCCCAGGAGUGUCUCCUGGACUCAUUUACCCAUCCAUGUUUCUCUCCCCUGGCAUGGGCAUGGCUCUGCCGGCGAUGCAGCAGGCCAGACACUCUGAGGUGAUGGGUCUGGAGAGCCAGAAGAGGAAGAAGAAGAAAACAAAAGGGGACAGUCUAAACCCCAACCCAGAGCCCGCUGCCGGGUCCGAAAAGGAGCCAGGCAGCGACCAGAACUGCCCCGAAUCCAGGGCCCCCGGGCCCCCGGAUAGAGAACAUGCAGCCCAGGCCAGGGAGGGGGGCCUCAAAGACUCUAACAGUGACACCAAUUAGAACUUUUUCAUUUAAGAAAUGAUUGUGACUUGUAAGUUUCUUAUCCCAUAAAGGUUUGUUACUUCCUCACUUCACCUUCAUAAGAACCUGUGUUUCCAUAAGUAAGACUAUCUACCUAAUUUUCUGAGAACUGUGGUCACGGAUGUUAAUAGUCGCAGGGUCUUGCCACUUCAUUAGCUGAGUGUUGUCGACCUAGUGUAGGAGGCACAGAAUUCUCGUUCUGCUACCCACUCGUUCAUUCCAGCAGCCGUAGCUGAUACAGUACUUGGUGACACGCCCCCUCCCCCGCUCCUCCAAGUUUCCCACUAAUUUGAGGCGGGACAAUGGCAAAAGAAAGCUGUCUAGGGACUCCCCACCGGAGGGCCGAAGAACGGAGACCGCGAGGAGCUGCUCUUUUCCCUGAGCUGUGUUGAAUGGGAAGCAUGUGAUGGGGAAACCGAAAAGCACAGAAACAGGAAAUGCUGGUGCAUAUUUUUUCGUUCCAAUAUUUCCCUAUUUUAUCAUGAUGACUAAAUGAGUAGUGUAGACAGAAGUAUAUAACUAACGGUUGAAAAUGCAUAUAUUCAUUUCUUUAUAAAACAGAAACCUUACUGCUAGCAGCAGGACAUCCCCUUUAUGGUACUCAGACACGUGCAGCAAAGAGAAACACUGACCGGGCAUCGUCACGCGCACGCGUGCUCUCUCCCCCGGGUCGGAGGCUCACUCAGGAUGAGAAAGCUUUACACCCCAGAGUUCUUGCCGGCCGCGGGGGGCUGGCGAAGGGCUCACCCUCCAAGGGGGGCGCCGCAUGCGGCUCAUAAGCACGCGGCUGGCAUCUGGUCCCCUUGUUCUCAAGAGUCGCUCCGGCCGCUACCGGGGCCCGCACGGGUUUUUACCUUGUGCUUCCCUUCAGCAAGAAUAAGGCUCUUUCUGGAGCCUGGGAGAGUAGCGUCACUCCACACUUUUUACACUUUGUUAGGUCCCUUCGUCAAAAUUGUUUGAGGUUGUCAGAACAUGUGUAUGCCACCUUUUAUAAAAUGACUGUGAACGUUUGUUUUUUUUUUUUUUUUUCCCCUCUCUCCGGUUUCCAUUUUGCAGUUGGACCCAGAUUCCAAAUCAAGUUAGCUGAGACCGUUGCAAAUCAACAUCAUUUUCCCUUCUUCCUCCCUCGGGAAGCACCUGCCUAAGGGGCGCUCACCCCACCUUCUGCCCAUCCUUCCUGAGGGUCUUAACUCUUUUAUCGACCAUUCACGCUCUGAGACUUGAAAUAAGCUCAUGGUUCAGGACUCUGGGGGGGGCACAGGGCUGUGCAGGACCGUUGGAAAUGUUGGAAGUGUUACUAGUACCAGUUUCACUUUGUGUUGUCACAAUUUACUGUAUUUUUUACUUUUUCUGUUACAGUUCUGCUAAUUUAUCAGAAGGUCCAAAAGUUCGACAUAACUAUUUCAGUUUGCAUUAUUUAUUUAUGAUGCUUUUGUCAUUGUCUUUUAUACAUUUGGGAUUAUAAAUUAUGUAAAUGUUAAAAUGAGCAUCUCAAAGAAGUCUGUUAAAUUGUGACCGGAAAAAAAAAAAAAUCAGAUGUAUUUUCAGACAGUGGAGUCCCAGCGUUAUGAAUCAGAUAAAAAUAAGGAAUUCUGUAACUGAUCACAUGAGUAUGAAGAAAGAAUCCAGCGAAUGAGCAAAUCCUAUUUAAUGACAUCUUUGUAGCAUAGAUGGUCUAAAUGCUGACAACAGAUUUCUUAGAAAUGCUGCUCUCUAUUUAACUAACAUUUUGUUCAGUUUUGCCUCCAGUGGAAGCAGAAAGGGUUUUUUCAGCUGUUAAAUCCUAAAAAUCAAUAUAAUUUAUUUAUGUAAAAAAAAAAUCACUCAAUCGAUAUAUUUUUGAACCUUUUAAGUACUAAUUUUCUUUUUAUCAAGUAGAAAAAAAAUGUAUUUGCCCUAAAUCCUUAAAAUACAAAUGCUAUAAAAAUUCAUGUAUCUUGAAAGCCUUACUGCAAAUGAGUAUUAUAGACAUCCAGCAGAGCCUGGGUUUCCCUUUGUCGGUGUCGGCGUUGUUUUGUAUGGAAAAGCUGCUUUCCCCAGGUUCCGCUUAGAACCUCCCGUAGGUCACAGGGUUCAAUAUGGAUUUGAUUUAAAAACCCACCAGCAUGCUGAAUCCCUUGUUAUAUCUUACCGAACCUGUAUGUUAACUCUCUGGGUGUUUAGGCUUAUCUUUGACUGCUAUUGUGUCCCUGUUUGCAAAAUGAAAAUGACACUCUGUGGAUUAUUUGCUCUGUAAGGCAUAAGUGCUUCUUAUGAUUAUUUUUGACGUUUCCAAGAGCAAAAGCCAAAUCUAAAACUCUUCAGCAAACUUGAGCCUUUUCAUCUAAAUUCCAUGUCACUCACAGCCAUAACUUUCCUUGGUCAUUCUUCACCCCCGUGUCUCACAUAAUAAAUUGUCUGUGGUCUUGAUCCUGGAUUUAAAAAAAAAAAAAA